CUCAUAUGUUGUACACAAUGGGUCCAGCUAGCCAUGUAACAUUGAAGCUAGCCUAUGACUGUUGACUAUGGCCAGAUAGUUGGCUAGAUAUUGUGCUAUGGAUGAAACAAACGGAUCGAGUAUAAAGCAGACAUUUGUUUCUGACCUAAGGGAUGGCUGAACGAACCAAAGGUUCAUGUUCAGAAAUAUUCGACGGACUGGUUGUCACCAGAGAGCAACACGAGGAUGGGAUAUGCAAGCAAAACCCUGAACGGAUGCAUGGUGUUGAUUUGGAUCGCCACGGUCCUGCUUUUAUCGGAGACCAGAAGAGUAAAGCAACCUAGAUGCCCCGCAUCUUGUACGUGCACCAAAGAUAAUGCACUGUGUGAAAAUAUAAGAUCGGUCCCUCACAGCUUUCCACCUGAUGUCGUUUCAUUAUCUUUUGUCAAGUCUGGAUUCACCGAAAUUACCGGAGGAAGCUUCUUACACACGCCUGCUCUACAGCUUCUUCUAUUCACUGCCAACACGUUUGACUCAAUUGAUGAGGAUGCGUUCCUGGGACUACCGCAUCUGGAGUACCUGUUUAUCGAAAACAACAAAAUUGCUUCAAUAUCACCAUAUGCAUUCCGGAGCCUAAAAGCACUGAUACACCUGAGCCUGGCCUAUAAUAACCUUGAGACAUUACCCAAAGAUGUUUUCAAGGGCAUGGAUGCUUUGGCUAAAGUAGAUCUGAGAGGGAAUCACCUGGAAUGUGACUGCAAACUAAAAUGGCUAGUGGAGUGGAUGCGCACCACCAAUGCGACGGUUGACCAGAUCUCCUGCAGUGGGCCCCCGCUUUUCCAAGGGAAACUGAUCAAUGACCUUGUGCCCGGGUCAUUUGACUGCAUAACAGCAGAGUUUGCCUCUUAUCAGCCCCUGACGUUUGAAUCCAUUUCGGUGGAGUCCUUUACCUUUGGCAUGGAUCAGUUUGUUGUGUUUGCCCAGCCCUUCACUGGUACAUGCAGCUUCCUGGAAUGGGAUCACGUUGAAACGGUUUUCAGAACCUAUGACAGCGUUCAAAGUACAUCCACUGUGGUAUGCAAACCCAUGGUGAUUGAUAAUCAGCUGUUCAUCAUUGUAGCUCAGCUCUUUGGUGGCUCUCACAUUUACAAGCGGGACAUCUCUGCCAACAAAUUCAUAAAAAUCCAGGACAUUGACAUCCUGAAAAUCAGGAAACCUAAUGACAUUGAGACUUUCCUUAUAGAUGGUGAGUCCUUCUUCGUGAUCGCAGACAGCUCCAAGGCCGGUUCUACCACAGUGUACAAAUGGAAUGGCAAUGGGUUCUACUCUCACCAGUCCCUCCAUGCCUGGUACCGUGACACAGACGUGGAGUACCUGGAGAUCUCUGGUAAGCCCCAUCUGAUCCUAGCCAGCAGUUCCCAGAGGCCUGUUGUCUACCAGUGGAGCAAGAGCCUGAAGAAGUUUGACCGGCGCACUGAUAUCCCCGAAAUGGAGGACGUGUUUGCGGUCAAGCACUUUAAGGUGAAGAGUGAACUUUUCAUCUGCCUGACGCGUUUCAUCGGGGACUCCAAGGUGAUGAGGUGGGACGGUUCCAUGUUCAAAGAGGUACAGACAAUGCCUUCGCGAGGCUCCAUGGUGUUCCAGCCCAUCUCCAUCGGCAACUGGCAGUACGCCAUCCUCGGCAGCGACUACUCCCUGACGCAGGUCUAUCAGUGGGACUUGAAGAGGGGCCAAUUUGUUUACUUCCAGGAUCUAAACAUACAGGCACCAAGGGCAUUCUCUCUGGUGUCCAUUGACAACAGAGAGUUUCUGCUGGCCUCCAGCUUCAAAGGGAAAACUCAGAUAUACGAGCACCUAAUGAUUGACCUGAGUAAUAAUUAAUUAAUGAAAACAAUUAAGGAGUGUGCAGUUGACAAGUGCAGUAGCACUGAACACUGUGGAGAGGAUGACUAUACAGCACCGCUAUUUGCAUGAUAUAGCCCACUAAUAAGAAAGAAUUCCUGAUGAAUGCCUUGCUAGAAACAUCUACUGUGUCCCUCUCUUUCACAGCACUCUUUCUUCUUUUUUUCCUCGUAGACAAAGCAAUUGUUGACAUACAGCAGCUAAGCCCUACACUACGGUAACUACGGUAAUUCCUGUGCUAUAAGAUAAACUUAAGAGGUAAAAUAAAGUAAACAAGAAUUUUGCUUGUAAAGUACUCAUUAACAUUUAAUUGACAAUUUCCCGAAUAAAAUGUUUACGUUUUUACAAUGAUGAGUAAAUUAAUACAGCGUUUUGUAUGUAGAGGGGACCACUCCAAUCAUGUUAUAUCUUUCAUAUGGAGCUAUAGUUUUAGAUUUUGAAAUUACAUUUUUAAUUGAACCUAAUCUAGGCCUAAAUUUGUGUAAUUGCAAUACUACAAAAACCACACAUGUAUUCUAAUCUGUAGUAAGAGUGUGUUUUGUUUUAAAUGUUGCUGUAUUUUAUGUAUAGUAGACUAGUAAUAAACCAAUUUCAUAAAAGCAUA